AUGACAUGGGCUAGGAACGGACGACGGGCGGUUCUCUUAGUGUUGUGCGGCGCGGCGAUGCUGCCGACGCCUCGCGUGGCGGCGGAGGUUACGGGCACAUCGUUGGUGGGGUCGCUGCCCGGAUCGGGCGCCAGCGCGGUCUUUGCGACGCACGCGCCCGGACGACCCGACGAGCUGUUCGUUGUCGACCAGCGGGGUCUGAUCCAAAUCUUGAACCUCGGAACCGGUCAAUUCAAUGGCACGCCGUUCUUGGACAUCGCCACCAAGGUAGACGACGCCGGAAACGAACAGGGGCUCCUCGGGCUUGCCUUUGAUCCCGACUUUGCCAACAACGGCUACUUCUACGUGAACUACACGCGUGACCCGGGCCCGGGCCUCGACCGCACACUGAUCGAACGCUACCAGGCGCCAGAGCCGCUAACCGGCACGGCGGCUUCGCCAACCUCCAGCAGCUCGGUCCUAGAGUUCUCGCAGGACUUCAGCAACCACAACGGCGGGUGGAUUGGCUUCGGGCCGAAUGACGGUUACCUCUACAUCGCCACGGGAGACGGCGGCAGCGGCAACGACCCGAACAACCGAGGACAAAGCCUGGACACCCGGCUGGGCAAGAUCUUGCGGGUCGAUGUUCACGGCGACGACUUCCCCGCCGACAGCACGGAAAACUACGCCGUCCCCGCCGACAACCCAUUUGUGGACGGGUCGCCCAGCACGCUCGACGACAUCUGGGCGUACGGGCUGCGGAACCCCUACCGCGCCAGCUUCGACCGUCAGACCGGCGACCUCUGGAUCGGCGACGUGGGCCAGGGCGCCCGUGAGGAGAUUGAUUUUCAACCGGCCGACAGCACCGGCGGGGAGAACUACGGCUGGCGACUCCGCGAAGGCGACAUCUCGACCCCCGGCGGCGCCGGCGGCCCGGAGCCGGCUGGCUACGUCGGGCCGGUCUACGACUACGUGUCCAACGGGUCCUUCCCGUUCGGCGGCGAGGCGGUGAUCGGCGGCUACGUCUACCGCGGCGCCGAUCCGGAGGUCCGUGGCCGCUACUUCUUCGGCGAUUCAAACAGCUCUCGGCUGUGGUCCUUCGAGCCCUCCGACCCCGAUGGGACGGUGCAGAACCUCGAGUCGCUGCUCGACCCGGGCAACGAUAUCUCUAUCCCGACGUCGUUCGGCGAGGACGCCGACGGGAACCUGUACGUCAUUGCCCGCGGCGGCGGUGUGUUCCGGAUCAACACUUCUAUUCAGAUCCCGGGGGACUACGACGGCAGCGGCACGGUUGAUGAGGGCGACUACGCCGAAUGGCACAACCUGGGACGCACGCUGCCCGCCCCGGCCGCCACCGCGGCGCCCGAGCCCGUGGCGGCCGCGCUGCUGACGUUCGCCGCCCGGGCGAUUCGCUGCAACACGCAGGCCCUUCGACGUCCGAUCGACGCUAAAUCGCUGCGGGCUUUGGUUUUGAGCGGCGCCCGCCGCGUCGGCACGGGUUCCAUCGCCAACCGGGCGUCCGCGCGGACCCUGGCGCCCGCCUAUCACCGGAGGAAUGGUCUGAUGCGAACGCCCCUAGCCGCUUUGCUCCUGUUUGCCGCCGCAACCUGCGUCGACGGCGCGGAUUGGGCUCGAUUCCGCGGCCCAGGGGGCGACGGCGUCAGCUCUGACAGCCACCCCGUCCCCAGCGAGUGGAGCGAAACCAAGAACCUCCGGUGGACCGCCAAGCUCCCCGGCCCGGGCCUUUCCAGCCCGGUCGUGCACGGCGACCGCGUGUUCCUGACCAGCUGGACCGGCUACGCGGCGGGCGAAGGCUCCUCCGACAACAUCGACGACCUCAAGCGGGUGUUGGUUUGCAUCAACCGCACUAACGGCGAGACGAUCUGGACCCGAGAGGUCGCGGCGGUGCAGCCCGAAGAAGAGUUCCGCGGCAUGUUCGCCGAAAACGGCUACGCUUCGCACACCCCGGUGACCGACGGCGAACGGGUCUUCGCCUUCUUUGGCAAGACGGGCGUGGUGGCGUUCGACAUGGGUGGUAACAAGCUCUGGCAGACCAGCGUCGGCACGGGCAAUGGCAUGAUGGGCUGGGGCACGUCUUCUAGCCCAAUCCUCUACAAGAAUCUGGUAAUCGUCACCGCCGCGGCCGAGAGCCAAUCGAUCAUUGCGCUCGACCAGCAGACCGGCGAGGAAGUCUGGAAGCAGCAGGCCGACAGCCUGGCCGGCACCUGGAGCACGCCGAUCCUCGUAGACGGCCCCAACGGCGCCGAGCUGAUCGUGGCGGUUCCGUACGAGGUCUGGGGCAUGAACCCCGACACGGGCAAGCUGCGGUGGUACUGCGAGGCGUUCGAAUCCAACUCGGCGUGCGCCAGUCCGGUCGAGAAAGACGGCGUCGUGUACUUCCUCGGCGGACGCGACGGCGGCUCGGUCGCGGUCAAGAUUGGCGGCAAGGGAGACGUCUCGGAGUCGCACGUGGAGUGGCGGGGGCGUCACCGGGCCGGCAUCGGCACGUCGGUCGCGCACGGCGAGAACCUGUACUGGGUGGCGAGCGGCGUCGCCAAUUGCAUCCGGCUGGCCGACGGCGCCGAACUGUUCUUCGUUAACCGCGGCGGGAGCUGCUUCGUGCUUGCCCUGGGCGAUGAGUUUCAGCAGCUGGCCGCCAACCGCUUCGAGUCCGACAGCGGCCAAUUCAGCGCCACGCCCGCCGUCCUCGACGGGCAGGUCUUCAUCCGCUCGUCGGACCGGCUGCGGCUGAGCCAGGCCAAGCGGGCGGCCGAGGGCGAGGGCAUCGCAAACGGCGGGCGGAUGAGCCCCGCCUUGCCUUCAACGCCGUUGCCGCGUUCGGUCGUCGAGCGACUUAAACGAGUCUACGGCCCCCGCGCCGACGAGGGCGUCGCGCUCAUCGAGCAGGCCAUCGCCCCGGUGAGCGAACAGCUUGCUCAGAGCAGCGCCGACGCCGCCGAUGCGCCUCGCUGGUCCGAGAAUGACAUCGUGCUGAUCACCUACGCCGAUCAGCUGCGUUCCUCUGACGCCACGCCGCUGGCGACCCUGCACCGCUGGUUGAAGCGCGAGCGGCUGGACGGCCUGAUCAACACGGUGCACCUGCUGCCGUUCUGCCCGUACUCGUCAGACGACGGGUUCUCGGUGAUCGACUACCUGGCGGUCGACCCCAAAUCCGGCACGUGGGAAGAUAUCGCAGCGCUCGGCGAAGACUUCCAGUUGAUGUACGACCUGGUCCUCAACCACUGCUCUCAGCACAACGCGUGGUUCCAGGCGUACCUCCGCGGCGAAGAGCCGUACAGCCGUUUCUUCAUCGACGCCUCACCGGCCGAGGACCUCUCGCAGGUCGUCCGUCCCCGCAGCCUGCCGCUGCUCUCGCCGUACCAAACCGCCGGCGGCGAGAAGCACGUGUGGACCACGUUCAGCGCCGAUCAGGUCGACCUCAACUACGGCGAGCCCGCCGUGCUGGCGGAGAUGCUGCGCGUGCUGCUGGAGUACGCCGCCCGCGGCGCCCGGAUCGUCCGGCUCGACGCGGUAGCGUUCCUGUGGAAGCAGGUUGGCACGAACUGCCUGCACCUGCCGCAGACCCACGAGGUCGUUAAGCUGUGCCGCGACCUGCUGGAGGUCGCGUCGCCCCGCACGCUGGUGCUCACCGAGACCAACGUGCCGCACGCCGAGAACGUCAGUUACUUUGGCCAGAUCGACCCGUCCGACGGUCAGGGCGACGAGGCCCACAUGGUCUACAACUUCAGCCUGCCGCCGCUGCUGCUGGACGCGUUCGUCAACGGCGACGCCACGGCCAUCCGCGCUUGGCUGAGCAAGCUGGCGCCGCCGCCGCCCGGCUGCACGUUCUUCAACUUCACCGCCUCGCACGACGGCGUCGGUGUGCGGCCGCUGGAAGGGCUGGUCUCGCCGCAGCGGUUCGACAAGGUGAUCGCCGCGGUGAAGGCGCGCGGCGGCAAGAUCAACACCCGCCGCGCCGCUGACGGGACCGACACCCCCUACGAGCUGAACAUUGCGUACGUCGACGCCAUGGCGCCCGACGCGGACGAGCAUGGCCACGUCGACGCCGAGCUGCACGUCCGCCGGUUCCUCGCCUCGCAGGCGGUGAUGCUGUCGCUCCAGGGCAUGCCGGCCGUGUACUUCCACAGCCUAGUCGGCACGCGGAACGACUACGCCGGCGUCGAGUCCAGCGGCCAGAACCGCCGCAUCAACCGGCACAAGUACAGCCUGCCGGAAUUGGACGAGCACCUCUCUCACCCGGGCUCGCUGCAGCGGCUCAUCUAUGACGGCCUGUGCGAGUUGCUGGCCCUGCGGAUCGCCCAGCCGGCCUUCCACCCCGAGGCGAAGCAGCGGGUGGUCGAUCUUGCCAACGACCGCGUGCUGGCCUUCCUGCGCACCGCGGUUGACGGCUCGCAGCGGAUCCUGACGCUGGUCAACUUCUCGCCGAACGAAGAAACCUUUGAGGUCCCGCAGCUCGACGCCACGCUCUACAACCUGCAGACCGGCGAGCCGUACGACCCGGGCGCCGAGGCCAAGCUCCCGCCGGGUGGUUUCUGUUUCCUGGCCGCGACCGAGUAG